AUGGCUACUACCCAGUCGUCCCGAAUCUCGCAGCUGGCAGCAACAAUCAGUGAAUCCGUGGCGAGGCUACAGGAAGUACUGUCAACCAGAGGACUCCAAUCACCUUCUUUUGACGAGUACGCGCAAUUCUCGUUGCCCCAAGAGGCGUGGGACGUCCAGGAUGCUAUUCUCGACGCUACGGCAGAGCUUCAUGACCUGUUGCUCGACCCCUUGGUCCUGAUCAGAGAACACGGAGGACACAACAACUCAACAUGCUUGCAGGCCAUAGCACGUUUCGGUAUUGCAAGCAUGAUCCCCACAGCAGGUCGAAUGUCCUUCGCCAAUAUCGCCAAGCAGACGGGGUCCUCCGAAGACAUGAUCCGCCGGCUGCUUCGCCAUGCAAUGACCAUGCGUGUAUUUCGCGAGCCAGAGCCGGGCAUGGUAUCCCAUACUGCUGCAUCCAGGAUAUUUAGUGACCCACUCAUGAACGACUGGCUCAGGAUUGGAACAGAGGAAUUGUGGCCUGCCGCUGUCAAGGGAUUCUCCCUCGCAAACAACACGACGGAAUCAAUCUACGACGUACUUGGAAGCGACCCGGAGCGGGCAAUUCGCUUUGCAAAUUCAAUGACGGUCUUCGCCAAAAGCCCCAACUUCGACCCCAUCCACAUCAUAGACAAUUUUGACUGGGCCGCCCUAGGUCCAGCAAAGGUGGUCGACGUUGGCGGCGGCCAGGGCCAUGUCGCUAUAGAACUCGCCAGUACCUUCAAGAACCUCGAGUUCAUUGUACAGGACAUGGACAAGAUGAUAGAAAACGCUGGGACUGGUUUGCCAGAGCAAUUGAAGAACAGAGUGCGCUUCGUGGCGCAUGAUCUGUUUGCACCACAGACUGUCCAGGCUGACGUGUUCUUCUUCCGCUGGGUUUUGCAUAAUUGGUCGGAUAAGUAUUGUAUCCGCAUCCUACGCGCACAGGUUCCUGUUCUGAAGCCAAAUGCGAGGAUCAUCAUCCAGGACGGAUGCCUACCUGAACCUGGCGCUGUAGCGCAUUGGAAGGAGAAAUAUUUAAGAUCAGACGAUCUGAGUAUGGUCUCAUUGUUCAAUGCGCGCGAGAGGACAGCAGACGAGUGGAAGUUGCUGCUAGUGAAUGCAGAUCCAAGGUUCGUAAUGAAAGGGGUGACUCAGCCUAAAGGAUCAGCUUUGGCGAUUAUCGAGGUCAUCUGGGAUGGAGGCUCCUCUUAA